AUGGAGAGCGGCCAGGACUUGGACUUCAUCAGGGGGGUUUAUGCCCGGAAGAGAGUUUGCCUUGACUUGACUUCCGACGAGGAUAGCAAGCCAGACCAGGAUGUCGAGGCGAUCUUCAAGGAGGAGAUUGGGGCACCUGUUCGUCCGUUGCCAAUUUAUCAACUAGAUCCAAGUUCGGCUAUAGUAUUACUGAUCUCUUCUAGUGGCACCACCACUUCAAGUAGAGAAAGGGCUUCGAGUCUCGAGGAAUUACCUAGGGAGCGAUGCGAUGAAAGUUUGAAAAGAAAAGAUAGUGGAUGCUCUGGCUUAGUGGAUUUGGCCAUUGGUUUUCUUGUGAGGUUCAUCCUCACUUCGGAGAUGAAAGAUGGUAAGAUGAUGAUGGCCCCUUCGGGAUCUUCGGAAGCAUCAAGCUCGACUACAGCAAAUCCUGUUGGUCAAGUGGUGGAAAAUAGAAAUUACGAAGUUUCCCAAGAUGCUCUUUUUGAUGCAGUGGGAGCAGAGGAAAUGAGAGAGUGGGAAGAGCUCCGUAACUCCGGAGAAAGUUAA